ACGGUUGCACGCGGACUGCCAGCUGCACACAGGACGCCUCCUUGCUGCAGUUCUCCCGGCACCGCCGCCAACAGCAUCGCUACCCCCGACGCGAGAGAAGAAAUGUCUCAAGCAGGAUCCCUCUCCAGGACCCUCAUUUUGUGCACCUUCCUGCAGGAGCAUGACCUGCCAGCUGUGGACCAGAAUCCUCCCGGCGUGACCACUCUCCUCCAGUACUACGAUCCCAAUCCCUACCCCUACCCCCAGGGUGACGUCCCGCAUGAGAUGGCCAUGCGGCUGGCCUUCAUUGGGGACGAGAUGGAAGCAAGAUGGACGCUGCCCCGCAUUGCCGAGCUGCCCUGGAUGGCCAUGCACAGCUUGGCAACCAUCUACAACCAGGCGGGCCUGAGGGGCGUUCUGAGAAGUUUUAUGGAUGGUCUCACUAACCUCAGGGGGAACAGAAGGUUCUGGAGCGUCCGGACCCUCAGGGACAGGGGGUCCCCGAAUGGGGGGCGUAAGCUGUCUGUGCUGCUGCUGGCGCUGCUCCUGGACUGGGGCCUCCACUUUCUCCAGUGACACUGCUGGCAGUGUGGGAUGGGGCUGGCCCCCUCCCUCUGGACCACCACCCUGGAGGUGGCCUUGUUGGUUUUGUUGUCUUUUUAACUGUUUUCUUAUGAUCCCUUUUUUAUAUUUAAACUUGUGAGUGCUGGGACGCUCAUGAGGUUUCAUACUUGUUUUUUCUUGUUUUUGUAAGACAAAUGAAUUUGUUAUACCUCUGGGGUCUCUGGUUAACUGCUCUCUGGGCCCCAGCCCACUCUGCCUGGCCUUCCUCCAAUGGGUUGGUCCAGUAGCGGGCAGCGGGGGGAGUGCUGGUCACACCCCCGGGUUUGUGAUGCCCAAGGCAAAGAGAACAUCUGCUGGAUAGAUUUCUGAGGGUUGAGGAGAGCUCAAUAAAAUGUUGGUUUCCCGCGGUCUCUGGUCCUUUCUGGAGGUUUGCAGUGUGGGCUCCAUCUUGCCCCUUGAAGGGGGUCAAAGGGAAGGGGACGAAGGGGCGGGCACGCUCUAGCCACCUGUACAUGUCAUGGCCUCCC